AUGAUCGAAAUCUUCGUGUUCCACACGCUGGAGCGCAUUCCACUCCACACGAAUCGCAGUAGAGUGAGUGCAGUAUGCAUCAAUCUGUCAUGUAAUUCAUGUGGCAUCGAGUGUGCUCCGGCUUGUGGAACGAGACGAUUCCGUUCCUGCUGCUUUAACUACCUGAGGAAGAAACGAGAAGAUCAUGAAUUCACUUAUAAUAUUGAACAAUCAAAGAUACCAGUUUUCUCCAUUGAUGAUCCCGACACUUGGAGCGUACCUGAAUACAAUGGUUUCAAGAUUGUCCCAAACGAUUUUCUGAGUGCAGUAUGUAUCAAUCUGUCGUGUAAUUCGUGUGGCAUCGAGUGUGCUCCAGCUUGUGGAACGAGACGAUUCCGUUCCUGCUGCUUUAACUACCUGAGGAAGAAACGAGAAGAUCAUGAAUUCACUUAUAAUAUUGAACAAUCAAAGAUACCAGUUUUCUCCAUUGAUGAUCCCGACACCUGGAACGUACCUGACAUCAAUGGUUUCAAGAUUGGCCCAAACGAUUUUCUGAGUGCAGUAUGCAUCAAUCUGUCCUGUACUUCGUGUGGCAUCGAGUGUGCUCCGGCUUGUGGAACGAGACGAUUCCGUUCCUGCUGCUUUAACUACCUGAGGAAGAAACGAGAAGAUCAUGAAUUCACUUAUAAUAUUGAACAAUCAAAGAUACCAGUUUUCUCUAUUGAUGAUCCCGACACUUGGAGCGUACCUGAAUACAAUGUGAGUGCAGUAUGCAUCAAUCUGUCGUGUAAUUCGUGUGGCAUCGAGUGUGCUCCGGCUUGUGGAACGAGACGAUUCCGUUCCUGCUGCUUUAACUACCUGAGAAAGAAACGAGAAGAUCAUGAAUUCACUUAUAAUAUUGAACAAUCAAAGAUACCAGUUUUCCCAAUUGAUGAUCCCGACACUUGGAGCGUAUCUGAAAUCAAUGGUUUCAAGAUUAUCCCAAAUGAUUUUCGUGUAGAAAAUGAAUUUCAUAGAAUGUAG